AUUGUUACUGAUACUGAUUACAAAGGUCCAAAAAUGAAUAACCUAUGUGUUUGUUAAGCCAAACUUUAAUGUUGUAAGUCAAUGUUUUAUGUUGUAACACAUAUUUAAUUUGAUUAAUACAACGGAAUAUUUUAAUGUCUGGAGUAAUAUUAAAAAGUGUGACUUGCUCACUAUGUUUAUUAAAUACAUUAACCAGUUCAACUCUUGGGUUCAGCUCCCUAAGGAGUCCCCUGAAGAAAAUGAACUCCACCAUGAAAGCAAUUUGCAUCCACUCAUUUGGAGGACCUUCUGUGUUAAAAGUAGAAAAUGAUGUUCCUAGACCAAUACCUUCAGAAGGGCAGAUACUUGUCAGAGUGCAUGCUGCUGGUAUCAAUCCUGUAGAUGCCCAAAUGAGAGAACAGGCAUUCUCCUUUGUGCCCAAACUUCCUCUUAUCUUGGGCAAGGAAGUGGCGGGGGAUGUAGUGGAAGUGGUUGAUGGCAAUGAUAGUUCCUCAGAUCAUCAUUACAAGCCAGGUGACCGAGUUAUCUGCUGUUUGCCCUGCGACAGUGGCUAUGCGGAGUACGUAGUUUGUAAUAUAGCAGACACUUUGAGGUUACCAUCACAUGUUUCCUACGCUGAAGGUGCUGCCAUCUACGUGGCUUACUUCUCUGCCUACAGGGGUCUCAUUACAAAACUGAAAAUCAGGAAAGAUGAGAUAGUACUUGUCCAUGGAGCUAGUGGGGCAGUGGGUAUGGCAGCAGUGCAGAUUGCCAAGGCUGUAGGUGCUGUUGUGGUGGGAACUGCAGGAACAGAUGAAGGCAGACAAAUGGUUAAAGAUAUUGGUGCUGAUUAUGUUGUAAAUCAUAGAGAUAGUUCACAUUUGACCCAGGCAAUUGAAAUGAUACCAAACUGCAAAGGAUUUGAUGCAAUAUUGGAGAACAAAGCAACAAAAAAUCUCGCUAUGGACCUGAAGUCGUUAGCACCUAAUGGAAGAAUAGCUAUUGUAGGAGCCAAAGAAUCUGUAACAAUAGAUCCUCGCUUUCUGAUCAGAACUGAAGGAUAUAUCACUGGAGUGAAAAUGUCCGACAUUUCAAGGACCCAGUGGAAGGAGUACACAGAAGCAAUCACCUCAGGGAUGAUUGAUGGCUGGGUGAAACCUGUGAUAGCCAGAGAGUACUCCAUGGAGGAGAUACAACUGGCACACGAACAUCUCAUGCAGAAACAUGGACACCACGGAAAACUUAUUCUUAAGAUCUUAUGACCAAAGUAGUGGUAUUGUUAGUAAAAAUAAUUAUUUGUAAAUAAAAAGUUAUUGCCAAACACUUA